CUUGGCGGCGGCGGCGGCGGCGGCGUCGUCAUGCGGUUCCGGGCGAAGAUGGUGGACGUGGGCUGCCUCAACCACUUCACCCGGGUAAGCGUCACAAUCGCCAAGCUGGCCAAGACCUGCACUCUACGGCUCACCGUGGACAAGCUGUAUUUCAUUCUUUCGGACAAAGUGGCCAACGGAGGGGUCAGCAUGUGGUGUGAGCUGAGUCAGGGCAAUUUCUUCGACGAAUUCCAAAUGGAGGGAAUAGCAGAAGAAUACAAUGAAAUUUAUUUAGAGCUGACGGCUGAAAACUUAUCAAGAGCCCUAAAGACCGCCCAGAACGCAAAGACUGUGAAAAUCAAGCUGACAAACAAGCACUGCCCCUGCCUCACGAUAGCCGUGGAACUGCCAUCUCUGUCGAGCAGUAGUCGCAUUGUGACUCACGACAUCCCCGUGGGGGUCAUCCCUAGGAAAUUGUGGAUCGAUUUCCGAGAGCCGAGGGUGCCGGACUUUGAUGUGAGCAUUUAUUUGCCCAUGUUGAAGAUCAUGAAGAGUGUUGUGGAAAGGAUGAAGAACAUCAGUAAUUAUAUUGUGAUCGAAGCAAAUCUGAGUGGAGAAAUGAACUUGAAAAUAGAAACUGAUUUAGUGUCUGUUACAACACAUUUCAAGGACCUUGGCAAUCCUCCAUGGACCUCUGAAGACACUUCCCAAGGCAGAGACCCAGACAGAAUGUCCGAGGUUCGAAUAGAUAUUCGGAAACUCUUACAGUUUCUGGCAGGGCAACAAGUAAAUCCCACGAAGGCAUUGUGCAAUAUUGCAAGCAAUAGACUUGUUCACUUCAUUUUGCUUCAUGAGGAUGUUUCUCUUCAAUAUUUCAUCCCGGCACUGGCAUGAGAACACAGUCGUGUAACUGGAGUUUUGAUUGGCUUGAAAGGCUGAUGACCACAACGGAAUAGAAUAUUGAAAGCCACUGGUCCAGUUCCUUCCCCGUAUUAAGUCAUGGACAGCUGAAUAGUAGAACUUGGUCUUUUAAAAUAUUUUCCUGAGGUUUUACUCUUAGAUGACUUGGUGCAAUUUUUAAAGAUAAUGUUAAACUAUUCUUUGUCGUAAAUUGAAAGCAGAACAAAAUGUGUGACUCCCAGCUCUUCUCGGUGCCCAAAAGCUUUUGGGAAAGUUGUGGAAAUUUCAGAGGCUGAGGGCUGCUGAUAUGGGUCCUCCCUUCACUUCCUUUUGCCUUAAAGGUUGCUUCUCCAAAAUUGGCAGAGCAGCCUAACAGUAGGAGAUUUCUGUCACUCCCAAGAAGCAGUGUGAAAAACUCAAAUAGAGAGGGAUCCGCUCGCCUCUGUGCCACCUGUGCUUUUCUGAACCUUUGCCUUCUGGUUCAAGAAAGGUAAGAAGUGAGUUUUAUGGGGCCUGAAGACACUUUUUCCUGUCACUUCAGGAAAAAGGCACUGAGCAGUCCAGGUCCUUCAGUUUGCAGAGGUUCUCUUCCAGGUCGUGACUAAUUUACACUUGGUUUUCCUCCUGGGCUUAUCCUAGUCUGCUUGCUACUGCAGAGGCCUCUCAAGUGUAGCAAAAUUCAAGAGCUCAGGUACUUCUCUCUGCAAGCUUAGAUGCACAGGAACCUGAAGGAUAUGAUUUUUCAAAGUGAACAAAAGCGUAAGACAGAGAAGAAAGCGACUUCUAUGGCUACCACCAAAUUUUCUGGAAAGGAGCUAUUUAAAUUCUGUCUGUAGGACAAUGACAGUACGAUAGUAGUCAGGCUUUGUUAUGCUACCUAAAAUAUCCCAAGAAUUACCAAUCAAAUUCCAGUUCCAUGAUCGUCAGUUGGAGAUACGAUGUGAAGCGUCAUGGAACACAUACUUGUUCAUUACUGGCAGGUUGAGCGUGCAGUGCUGAUAGGAAAAAAACAACACUGGUCACAUGGAAUUCCAACGGCAUCAAGAGGUAGGAAGGAGCAGAAAUUAAAAUGUGUAUAAUAGAAUGCACAGUAUAAGAGAAUGGGUUCACUUACACCGGACUCUCUCAGUUAUUGUUUUUCAGGUUAUUAAUGUUGGCCUUUGAUUUUUGGUAUUGUUAUGUUCUCAUGGAGUGCAGAGUAUUUGAUUUGACUUAGAGCCGGGGUUCUGAAAUUUUUUUUCAGAAAGUAAUAAAAUGUAAUUUUACCUCCCAUACAAAACAAAUAGUACCCUUAAUUAGAUCUUCAAAGUCAUUCUCAUGGAAAGUUGUAUUGAAGUAUUUUGUUACCUCAAUCUGGAAGUGUUUACAGUAUGUUUGGAAAAUGGGUUUUUUGUAUGCAAAAAUACUUUUUUAAAUAAAGCUAGUUUCCUUUAGAAGUAAAAUAUUGUAUUUUCUGA